AAAUACAGCCAUACAAAGAGAUAAAAUAUAUAGUCACCAUAAAUAUUCCAAAGAGAGUAAUUAAAAAUGGGAAGUGAUAAACAAAUGAAGGUGCUAAUGAUGGUAGGAUUUGUAUUGUUCUUAACAAUUACAAUACAAGUAAUUCCAUCUUCAGCACAAGUAGAAUGCUGGGAAAGGAUCCAACUUUGUUUAGAAGGUACGGCGUCACAAGCUGAAUUCGAGCAACAGUGUUGUCCACUUUUGUUGCAAGAAAUAACCAAUGAAAGAGAGUGUUUCUGUAGUAUUAAGCCUGUUUUUCUUCAGAAUGCAACUAUUGCUGGUGCUGUUUCAGGGCUUGUUUCCGUUUGUAGCACCACUUCUUUCCUCAAUUUUUGCCCUGGUGAUGUUUCAAGCCCUGUAGAAACUCCACCUUCGCUACCACCAGUGCAAUUCUCAGAAGCGCCAUGCUGGGAAGAAAUUGGCGAAUGCAUACAAAAUAAUAAUAAACUGAGUGAAGAAGAACCACAUUUAAACCCAUCAAGCCCGACGUUUAAUGUGACGGAAUUUGUAUGUUGUCCUCUGAUGCAACAAAAAGCAGUGAACGAAAAACAAUGUUUUUGCAGCAUCAACACUUUUGUACAGGAAAACCCCUCCGCCGGACCUAAUAUUACCCUCUUGUUGUCUGUGUGUGACAUUAUUGCCCCUUCUCCUAAUUCUCUUAACAACUUCUGCACAAGUGGAAGCACUCCCACAACUCAAUCGUUGCCGCUUCUAGCCGGUGAAACUCCAAGCCCUAGUCAAGCUCUUCCUCCAAUGAUGCCAUCUCUAGGGCUAAUGAAGACGCUCAAUGAAGGUGUAAGAUUUGCAUCUGAAGGGAAUAAUGCAGGUGAAGCUCCAACCCAAGCCUAACUCUAAUGGUGCUGAAAUAUGUGCUGCAAAUAAAGAUUACGAAUGAUGAGUACACUCGAUCUUUAUAUGUUGAUGAGAGAUGCUCAUACAAAAGUACUUGUAUAUUUCUAUAUGCUAUUAUAUGUAUGUAAUUUGUAAACUUAUAUUUUGUGUGUCAGUGUGUGUGUGUUUUUCUUUGUACGUUUUGCCAUUUCUUAAAUAAAAUCAUAAUUCUAUGUAAAGAAAUUGUAAUGGAAUAUAAAACUUAUCCUUCUUUUC